CAUGUGUUAUAUAGAUACCUGCCAGCUGAGGACAUGCCAUGCAUCUGAUGAAGUGGGCCUUCUUCCAGGAACGAUCACACCAUCGUCAACCUUUGAGUGCGCGGAAAAUGAAAUCCUAUCAGAAACUGGCCGCCGAUGACCCUCGGACGACGGAGUUGGGGGACGAAGCCGCUGACGAGAAACCCUUGUGCCACCAGAAGUUGUCAGCCUGGUGGAUGGGCGGGGGUCUCCUGACCGUUGCUGCCUUGCUCAGCGGGGUGACCGUUUGGGUCCUCGGACAGAUCUGGUGGAGCCAGCACACCGUUCCCCCUCUUGCCAAGUGCACCUCCUUGCCCGAAAACCUGCGCUUCGACUGUUACCCAGAGAUGGGCACGGUGGUGACGAGGGAAUUAUGUGAGAAGCGGGGAUGCUGCUUCAUUGAAACUGACCUGCCCUCGGGUGGUGUGAGAGGGGUCCCUUGGUGCUUUUACCCCCCAAAUUUCCCCACCUACGCCUUGGGGAGCAUCAACGAAACACAGCUGGGGAUGGUGGGCUUCCUGACCAGGGAGACGAAGACUUAUUAUCCAAGGGAUGUCGCGAAGCUGCAGCUCACGGUGGAGUUUGAAACAGACACCCGCUUGCAUGUCAAAAUUACUGAUGCCUCUGUCCCUCGUUAUGAAGUGCCAAUUGAAGUUCCUCGGAUGACGAAGAGAGCAGAGAAUCCCGUGUACACCGUUGAGUUCUCCAAGGACCGCUUUGGGCUGAUCGUGAAGCGCCGGACUUCUGGAGCUGUGCUGAUAAACACAACAGCGGCGCCCUUGUUCUUUGCGGAUCAGUUUCUCCAGAUCUCUACUCUCCUUCCUUCCAAAUUCCUGUAUGGGCUUGGGGAACAUCGCAGCGACUUCCUCCACAGCCUGGAGUGGAACACCUUAACCUUCUGGGCCCGAGACAUCCCUCCCAUGGAGUCCAGCAACCUCUAUGGUGUUCACCCUUUUUACCUGGUAAUGGAAAAUGGCGGAAGCGCCCAUGGAGUUUUCCUCUUGAACAGCAACGCGAUGGAGGUGGCUCUGCAGCCCGCACCUGCCCUCACCUGGAGAACCAUCGGGGGCAUUCUGGAUUUCUACAUCUUUUUGGGACCAGAUCCCAACUCGGUGGUCCAGCAGUACCAGCAAGUGAUCGGGUUUCCAGCCAUGCCGCCAUUUUGGGCCUUGGGAUUCCACCUCUGCCGUUGGGGAUACGAAACGAGCAAUGGGACCUGGGAGACUGUAAAAGCUAUGCGGAAUUAUCAGAUCCCCCAGGACACCCAGUGGAACGAUAUCGACUACAUGGACGGCAGUCGGGACUUUACCGCAGACCCCGAGAGGUUCAGCACCCUUCCCCAGAUGGUGGAAGACCUUCACAAGCACGGACAGCGUUAUGUGAUGAUUCUGGAUCCCGGGAUUAGUAGCACUUACUCACCAGGCUCUUAUUGGCCUUAUGAUGAAGGCCUGAAGCGUGGAGUAUUCAUCAACACUACCCAAGGGAAACCUCUGAUAGGGAAGGUCUGGCCUGGCCUCACUGCUUUUCCUGACUUCUCAAACCCAAACACUCACCAGUGGUGGAUGGAAAACCUGAACCGUUUCCACACCCACGUUCCCUUUGAUGGCGUUUGGAUUGACAUGAAUGAGCCGUCCAACUUUCUGGAUGGCUCCAAGGAAGGUUGUCCCCAAGGAGAACUGGAUAAGCCCCCCUAUGUGCCCGCCAUAACGGGAGGGUCCCUUUCCUCCAGAACAGUCUGUGCCUCAGCCGUGCAAAGCACCUCCGUUCACUACAACCUCCACAGCCUCUACGGAUUGAUGGAAGCCAAAGCCACCGCCAGUGCUUUAAUCAAAAUCCAAGGGAAACGGCCCUUUGUCAUCUCACGUUCCACCUUCCCAAGCCAAGGGAAGUAUUCAGGACAUUGGCUUGGAGACAACCAAAGCGAGUGGAAGGACAUGUUCUGGUCUAUCCCAGGAUUACUGAGCUUCAGUCUCUUUGGGGUCCCGCUAAUCGGGGCUGAUAUCUGCGGCUUCGGGGGCUCCACCUCUGAGGAGCUCUGUGUUCGCUGGACACAGCUUGGCGCCUUCUAUCCGUUCUCACGAAACCACAACACCCAGAAAGAGAAGGCCCAGGACCCUACGGCGUUCAGCCCUGAGGCACGGACGGCCAUGAAGGAGGCCCUGGAGACUCGUUACACCCUCUUGCCGUUCCUCUAUUCCCUCUUCCACCGGGCACACCUGCAAGGCGACACUGUGGCCCGGCCUUUGUUUUUUGAAUUCCCAAAAGACGUGGCCACCUACUCGAUAGACAAGCAGUUUCUGUGGGGGAGGGGACUGUUGGUGACCCCAGUGCUGGAUCCGGGCGUGGAUUCUGUGGUCGGCUACUUCCCGAGAGGCGUGUGGUACGAUUACUAUACGGGCUCCUCGGUGAACAGCAGCGGGGAGAACCUCAAAAUGGAGGCACCUCUGGACCGCAUCAACGUACACCUCCGUGAGGGAACCAUCCUGCCCACUCAGAAACCAGCCACCACCACUUCAGUGAGCCGCAGGAAUCCCCUGCGCCUGAUCGCGGCCUUGUCGCAGAACGCCAACGCCUGGGGAGACCUCUUCUGGGAUGACGGCGAGAGCCUGGACACCUUUGAGAAGGGCGACUACUCUUACCUGGUGUUCAAUGUCACGCAGAACACCUUCGCUUCCACUGUCCUGCAUUCCAACUUGGAAGCGACUUACAUCACUGUGGAGGAGCUGACAGUCUACGGGGUCCAGGAUGCGCCAAAGAGAGUGACGGUCAACGGGAAGGAGACGCCCUUCUCCUAUUUGGAAAACCAGGUUCUCUCUGUCGGAAACCUGCAGCUGAACCUCAGCUACGGAUUCUCCAUACGAUGGAUGUGAGGUGGCCCCAGUCUUACGAACGUAGUGUUGUGAACCAGCGGGGUCUGUUGCUCUGUCUGUGCCUGCAAGGAUCUUCCGGUCCGGGGGGGGGGGGGGCACCCCGAGAA